AUGCCCAGCCAACAGAAGAAGGUCAUCUUUUGCACGGCCGGUAUCCUGAGCUUUGCAUGCUCCUUUGGUGUCAUCAUGGCCCUAGGAACCCAGCUGUGGGUCAAAGCCAAGAUUCUCUGCAAGACCGGGGCCAUGCUUGUCAAUGCGUCUGGCCAGGAGCUUGAGAAGUUUACCGGGGAGAUCCAGUAUGGGCUUUUCCAUGGGGAAGGGGUGAGACAGUGUGGCUUAGGAGCAAGACCUUUCCGGUUCUCGUCUAGGUGGCUUAAGAAAGAAUUCUCAAUAGGGCAAGAUCCUGGAGAGACAGCCAUUUUUCCAGAUUUGGUCAAAACCAUCCCAGUGAGCAUCCAUGUGAAUAUCAUCCUCUUCUCAAUAAUUCUGAUCGUGUUGACAAUGGCAGGGACAGCCUUUUUCAUGUACAAUGCUUUUGGCAAGCCCUAUGAAACUCUCCUUGGCCCACUUGGAUUGUAUCUCUGGAGCUUUAUUUCAUGUUCCUGUGGUUGUCUUGUUAUGAUACUGUUUGCCUCAGAAGUGAAGCUGCACCAUCUCUCAGAGAAAAUUGCAAAUUAUAAGGAGGGAACCUUCAUGUACAAAAUUCACAGUGAAAAAUAUGCCACUUCCUUCUGGGUCAUUUUCAUGUGUUUUUUUAUGCACAUUCUGAAUGGACUUUUAAUUCGGCUUGCUGGGUUUCAGUUCCCUUUUACAAAAUCGAAAGACUUAGAGACAACUAAUACCGCAGCAGACCUCAUGUACUAA